UCCCUCCCUAUGCGUUGGUGCACACUCGACACACUCAAUUGCAAUGCUUAAGAGGCGCAGAAGUAGGCGAUGCAUACCACGCUCACACUUACAACGCCCCAGAACGCCCACAGAGGAUACACCAAAAAGCAGAGCAGAGCAGACACAAAAGACACAAUGAAAACCCCCGUGAUGAAUUUAUCACGGUAUAGUAGUAUUUCUAUAGGGUCUGUAGAAAUGACUACUAUGACAAUACAGGCAAAGAAGAGCCAAAACGCACCCUUCAGUACCAAUGUCACCCACCAAUCCACAGCCGCCCGCUGCUGCAUUCUUUGUUCCCGUCGAGCAGUGGCCAUGUCCGCCCGGUAUUCCUCUCUGGCCUUGUCGAUCUGCAUGUGCAUCUCCUCAACAGCCACCUGCAGACGCCGCUCCUCCUCCUGGCCGGCCCGCUCUCGCUCGGUUGUGCUCCACAGCAAGUCGAUGGUGUCGCUCAUCUUGCCCAGCCCCUCCUUGAUGCGGGCCAGGCGCUCAUGGGCAGCGCGAAGACUGCUGUAGUUGAGUGCACCAGCCAGCAGGCACAUCACUAGCAGGCACAGCACGAUGCCCAGGAGGGAUCUGUCGCGGUUGGUGGUCUUGGCUCGUGCCUUGAUGAGCUCAUCAGACGCCUCCUCCAAUGUCAUUAUCAUCGCCCUUCCAGCCAGCUGCAGGAGGGGAGAUCUGCAGACAGGCAGAGAGGAAUGCAUUUGGUCGAAAGAUUCUUUUCCAAGAGCUUUUGGUGGCUCUCGCCUGAGUAGUUUCUUUGCUUGUGCGUUCA